AUGGCUGAUAAACUCGUUCGAACACACACGAACCAGUCGAAUCGCGCAAAGGCUAAAGACGCGCUUGAGAGGAAACCCGUUUUCCGAAGCGUGCUAGACAACCCAUUUAGAGUGCAAUGGCCAAGCGUGCCUGUCAAUGUUCAGAAUGCCAUUGUGGCUCGCUUCGUUGACAUGGUUCAGGGUGUCUCGGAGUAUCAUGCUGAACGCGAGAGGCGGAGCCGCAAGAGAAAAUCAUCUCUCAAAGGCACUACCGCACGGGCUUCCAAACGACCCCGGCUCGCACCACCCGCCUCCAAGUUGGCAGACGGCACGGUGCCUGAGCCGGUCUCCAUGGUGCAAUCUCAGACCGCAGACAGUGUGGCUGUUGAUGGUGGACAAGACGCCGUCAAACCACGCCCUGAUGUUCUCAAUCAUUUGACAUUCGGCAUAAAUGAAGUUGCCAAGUUGCUGGAGAAGACGGCGCGUUCGGAUUCCCGCACCGUUGUGUCCACAUCUCCCGUUCAGGAGCCACUAUCAGACGAUAGGCCCAGAAUUAUACUCGUCUGCCGUGGCGACGUAUCUCCCCCUGCCCUUCUCCAACACAUACCGCAUCUUGUCGCCACUUGCAAUACCCGUCGGUCGACCACGGAUGCAGAUGGCAUCUAUCUUGUGCCUCUUUCCAAAGGCGCGGAGGCGUCUCUGGCGGAAGCCAUCGGUCUCAGACGGAUCUCCGUAAUUGCAGUGCAUGCCGGUGCACCCAGAAUAUCCGAGUUGACAUCUCUUCUUGAGAAUGUCGUGCUUCCGACGGCGUCAUGGCUAGCAGCGCCUACAGAUGCAAGUAUCUCACUAAUACCCACGCAUAUCAAGCAAUUACGGACCACUGCACCAAAGAGAUCGCGAGGCCGAGCCGCGGCGAAGCUCAGGCAAAAGAACAGAAGAAGGCCUCGCAGAAAGUCGGGGCGUAGUUAA